UAUAUGGUAAACUACUGUUGUGUAAACCUUGCAGGAAGCAUUCAUUUUAAUUUGUUCUAACUGAGAAACACCCCCUUCAUAUGAAGGCGCAGCACUUCUCGACAUACUUGUAUAAGGUGCCUCUUUCAGGAACAAAUGCAUAAGUGACCUCGCCGUUGUGUUGAAGGUCUCCCCCAUGAACGACUUGAAUGAUCCUCCCAGGUGGAACAUUGAACCACCAGACCACAGAGGAAGAGGGCCGGCAGCUGGCGAUGGAAACCAAUGGAACUACGCCCUGCUGGUCCCUAUAUUGGGAUUGGCUGCCUUUCGUUGGAUAUGGGACAGAGAUUCACAAAAAGAGCUCGAGAAGGCCAAAUCCCAGUAUGAGAAAGAGGUGACGACGAUGAAAAGUGAGCUGGAAGUUCGCUACAGGGAGACUCUAACGGAGCAACGCAGGUCUCUGGUUCAGCUGGAGGUGCAGCUGGAAAAGGAGAAACAGAGGGUCGAAGGCUUUAGGAACGCCAUGUUGACACAGAAUCAACGUUUCAUGCAAGAAAGGAAACUGUUGCAGGAGGAACAGAGAGUCGUUGCAGAAGAAAAGCAGAGGGUGGUGAAGUCUGGAGCUGCAGGGGCUGUGCUGCAUGACGCCUUGAAGCAAGAGGAUACCUGGGCCCAGCAAGCACGCGCCACCCUGAAGGAGCUGGAAGCUCAACUUGUCGAGCGACAGAGUGUCUUUUGUUCCCCCAUCCAGUCGCGACACCAGCGGGAGGAACUGGAGAGGAACAUGCUUCUGAAGGUGGUCAGACAACCCAUCGGCAGGGAAAUGGAUCUAGAAUCUGAUCUCAAAGACAUUUUUAGGAGGGAUAAGCACUGUGCAGACUAUAUGAACAUGGAUAAGAGAAAGAAUGGAAGUCUGAUGUGGGUCUAUCUCAAGUACUGGCAGCUGCAGGUCACAGUCCAGAAGCACAAGAGAGCAGAGGAAGCCCUCCUCACUGGGAAGAGUCAUUCUAAAUGAUCAGAACUGGCUUCAGUCUUUUUUAAAAUAUCUUAAUUGGUUGAGGAAUAUUCAGGAAUCCUGAGGUACUGUAUCUUAAAUUCCUGCAUGAAUGUCAGUGUUGGAUGUUUCCUGGGAUGUUAAUGCUGUAAUGGUCUGCUUUCCCUGUAAACUGAAAACAACAGCAAAUGUAUGUAAUGUCACUGAGCCCAGAAAGCAUGUCCUCUUUUGUCCAUCCUUCAUCUACAGUUAUUCACUAGCUCUCAUCACGUUGGCUAUAAAUACUGCUGACAAACCAGAACAUACAAGAAUCAAGUCAAUGCCAGUAAAUACUACUGAAGUUACUGACUUCACAUUUGCGUGGCACAUUUGCUGCCAAAAACUUUUUUUAAAUUGCCACAUCAAAUUCAGUCAAUAAGCGGGAGCUGGACCUCCUCUAAACAUGAAAGGCGGGCGAGUCUGCUGGGCCUUUUUAGAUUGUUUAAUUAAAUAUACAAGUUGAUCCAAUACACAAUAUUCCUAAUCAUCGCACAAUCAUAUGUAGUUUGUCUUUAUCCAUAAUGGACAGUGGCGACAUGGGGCCUACUUCUUCGAUAGCUUUGAUGGAGCAAGUCAGUUGUAAUUUCUUUUUUUGACAUUUGGUUUAUACUUUAUACUAGAGGUUGCUGUGCUAAUAAACAGGGUAUGGGCACUAUUGCAGGGGUCGGAUGCUUUCAUUCUGUGAUGUCCUGUUCAUUAGUUUCCUACUCAUUAGUAUGACCAGUACUUUUUAAAAAGGGAUUUUUUAAAAAGUUGACUUAAUUUCAAAAUGUGUGCUGUA